UUGAGCGCCAUCCACCAUCAAAUUAAUAUACUAGAGCACUAACUCUAUAGUCUAUACCAUGGAGUUUCAAGUGCUCCUUCUAACUCUCUUCCUCUCAACCUUUGUCAUCUUCCUUCUUUCCUUCCGGCGCGGCCGCGGCCGCCUUCCCUUAGGUCCUUGGCCGUGGCUGCCGGUUAUUGGCCACUUGCACCUCCUUGGUCCCCUUGUCCACCAGUCCCUCCACCGUCUCUCCCUCCGAUACGGCCCCUUUUUCUCUCUUUACCUGGGCUCCGUGCCUUGCGUAGUCGUUUCCAAUCCCCAUUACGCCAAGCUGUUCCUUCAAGACAAUGAGCUGGCCUUCAGCUCUCGGCUUGAAUCCACCGCCAUAAAACGGCUCACCUACGAGACCUCUCUUGCUUUCUCCCCCUACGGACCUUACUGGAAGUUCAUCAAGAAGCUAACCUUCAAUGAGCUGUUCGGUUCUCGAGGCACCGGAAGAUUCUCGAGCCUCCGCGUCCAGGAGUACGAUAGACUUCUAACGCUUAUAGGCGUAAAGGCACGGGCUGGCGAGGCGGUGAAUGUGACGGAGGAGUUGCUGAAGAUGACGAACACGGUGAUAUCGAAGAUGAUGAUCGGAGAAUCGGAGGAGGCGCGGGACGUGAUCAGAGAGGUGACGAAGAUGUUUGGGGAGUUCAACGUGGCUGAUUUCGUGUGGGUGAUGAAGAAGCUGGACGUGCAAGGGUUUGGGAAGAGAAUCGAGGAUCUUUACCAGAGGUUUGAUAGUUUAGUGGACAGGAUCAUCACGAAGCGCGAACAGGCCAGGAAUAAAGCUCGUGGACAAGGUGGCGGGAAACAUGAGGGUGGCGAGAGGGACUUUCUUGACAUUUUGCUCGACAUUGCAGCGGAUGAAACCUCCGACGUCAAAAUUAACAGGGUUCACAUGAAGGGCUUGGUCAUGGAUUUAUUCACAGCGGCCACAGAUACCCUGGCAGUUGGGAUAGAAUGGGCAUUAGUGGAGUUGAUCAACCACCCCGACUUGCUGAAGAAAGCUCGCCAGGAGAUUGAUGACGUGGUUGGAAAUCAACGGCUAGUAGAAGAAUCUGACGGUCCAAAACUUCCCUUCAUCCAAGCGGUUAUUAAAGAAACGUUUCGUCUACACCCACCGGUGCCUUUAGUUGUGAGAAGGUGCACAUCGGAGAGCAAGAUCGAGGACUACGUGAUUCCAGAGGACACGGUGCUGAUGGUGAAUGUUUGGGCCAUGGGUAGGGACCCAAGCCUGUGGGAGAGCCCAAUGGACUUCCGGCCCGAACGAUUCUUAAAGCCCAUGGAAGAGAAUUCCUCCAAGGGUGUUUUGGAUGUGAGGGGACAACAUUUUCAGUAUCUACCAUUUGGGACUGGCAGGAGGAUGUGUUCUGGUCUGACUCUUGCCAUGCAUGAGGUGCCUGCUGUUGUGGCUGCUCUUAUUCAGUGCUUUGAUUUUCAGCCCGUGAGCCCUCAAGGCAACAAAGUUGCCGUGGUUGACACGGAAGAGAGGCCUGGGUUGACUGUUCCACGAGCCCAUGAACUUGUUUGCAUCCCUAUUGCAAGGCCCAUAUGCGGCCCACUCCACUUGGUUUGAAAUUUUUAUAAGCAUCCCGUCGUGAAAUUUUCAGUGAUUUUAAGUAAAGAGAAAAAAAAACAUAUAUAGGAGCUUUACUUUCAAUAUGUAAGGAGGAUAUGCCAUUUGUGUCUAUAUCUUCCGUAGCAUAUCUAGAAUAACUUUGGGGGAUCCAUGUCUGAUUCAUGUCCUGUCAAUAGCUUGGCAUAUUCAUGAAUGCUUCAAUAUUGUCUCAACUUGUCUGUGUUUCAAAUUUUAUGUACAUGUCCCAACGUUAGCGUUUGAAAGUGAGGUAACCCAUUACCCAUUUCACAUGCAUGAAACCUCUUGGCUCUUGUCUCUA